CGCGCAACACUCGAAGCGGUAAUCCUGCACCGAUCGUCGCGUGACUGUGGAGAGUUCUUGCUUCAGUGAAAGUUUCGCUGAGGAAGGCUUCCUCGAUAGGGCAGAAAUUCUUUGGCGUCAGUUCAUCGGUUCAACGGUUGUCGACAGGUCCAUUCAGCCGUGGAUAAAUUACCGUUUUUGGAAUAAUGAACGCGCGUCUUUCAACCAGUGAAGUGCUGUACCGUAGUGCCCCACAGUUUGCCUAAUCGACACGUCAGUUUCUGAUGACAAGUUGAAAAGAUAAAAGAUUGAAGAAGUGAAGUACGAAGCGUAGCAAAAUUUCGUCAAAAAUCUUACUCAAUUAUCACCCACGUAUCCCUCAAACCACUCGUCAUGGACACCGACGAAUUUCGGGAGUUUGGCAAAGCGGCCGUUGACUAUCUCGCCGAUUACACGGAUACCCUUAGGGAACGUCCGGUUAUCCCUAAUGUGGAACCAGGGUAUCUGGCUCGCUUGAUACCCGAUGAAGCGCCGGAGAAGCCAGAGUCCUGGCAAGAAGUCCUGGGGGAUGUCGAGCGCGUCAUCAUGCCAGGUAUGACGCAUUGGAACUCGCCCCAAUUUCACGGUUACUUCCCUUCGGCGGUUUCGUAUCCUUCGGUCGUAGCUGAGAUGCUUAGUGCGGGAAUAGGCUGCCUAGGGUUUUCCUGGAUGACGUCUCCGGUGUGCACGGAGCUCGAGGUCACCAUGAUGAACUGGCUCGGAAAGAUGUUGGGCCUGCCCGAGCAAUUCCUAAACUGUACAAAGGGUCCAGGUGGUGGUGUAAUUCAGUCCUCUGCAAGUGUUGCCACUUUUGUCGGUCUUUUGGCUGCCAAAGAACGAACUACGCGUCGUAUGAUGAAACUCCAUCCGGAUUGGAGCGAAGCGGACAUCAAAGCCAAGUUAAUCGCAUACACUUCGGAUCAGGCUAACUCGUCCGUUGAGAAGGCCGGACUCUUGGGUUCAAUGCCAAUGAGACAUUUGCCCUCCGACGAGCAUUGCCGUCUACGAGGAUCCAUCCUCCUAGAAGCAAUCGAAAAGGACGAAAGGGAGGGUCUGAUACCCUGCUAUGUCGUUGCCACUCUCGGAACCACCGGAACUUGUGCUCACGACUGCUUAGAUGAGCUCGGACCGAUUUGCAACGACAAAAAUGUUUGGCUUCAUGUCGAUGCCGCCUACGCAGGCGCUGCUUUCGUAUGCCCCGAAUUCAGACACCUGAUGUCGGGUGUCGAAUUUGCCGAUUCGUUUGACUUCAACCCGCACAAGUGGUUGUUGGUCAACUUCGACUGCUCAGCAAUGUGGGUGAAGGACUCUAGAUACUUAGUGGAGGCCUUCAACGUUGACAGAAUCUAUCUUGCACACGAAAAAGAAGGACAACAGCCUGACUACAGACACUGGCAAAUUCCCUUGGGUCGCAGAUUCCGAGCUCUUAAGCUCUGGUUCGUGAUGCGAAUGUACGGGGUUCAGGGUCUUCAAAACUAUAUCCGUCACACUGUGAAUCUCGCAAAGCAAUUUGAGGGAUACAUUAGGAACGAUGAUCGGUUUGAAAUAGUCACCGAAGUCACAAUGGCUCUAGUUUGCUUCCGAAUGAAGGGGGACAAUUCAAAUACCCGCGAACUUCUGGACAAGCUAUUAGCACGCAGGAAGAUCUACGUGAUCGCAGCGACUUACAGAGAGAAACUCUUCAUACGUUUCGUGGUGUGCAGUAGCCUUUGUGAGACCAGAGACAUGGAAUUUGCUUGGAACGAAGUCAGCGAACGGGCGACCGAGAUAUUACAGCCGGUUCUGCAGCAAGACGAUACCGUAAUGACUGCCAGCGAGUCCUGCAAGGAACCUGACACGAACAUCGCCAUCAUGAUUAAGGACUUGAAGAUAGAGCACGGGCUGAAGGAGAACGCGCCGAAGAUCUCUUGAACACG